CUUUGUCUCUCUCUCUCUGUCCCGGAGGAAGCAACCGCGUCUGUCGCAGAAAGCAGAGAGACUCGCCCUCCAAACCUCGCGCUUGCAGCGGUGAACUGCGGCUUCCUUCUCCGUUCCUAUGGCUCGAUGGGAUGAGAUUUUAUCCCUCCCCGUGCAGAAUCCUCCGUCGUUGGAGUUCUCGGCUGCGGAUUUGGUGUGGUCCAAGGUGGAAGGUUGGCGCGACAAUAUAGAUAGAGUGGCUUUGAUCCCGUAUGCUAGAGUUGAUGAUUUCGUGAGGGGCGAGUCUUCGAACAAAGACUGUCCGACGAGGUUUCAUGUCGAAGCUCGGAGGAAAAGACCUCUCGAGAUGGCUUAUAAACCUAAGGUCGAUGGCAUUCUUGAAUACAUACUGUAUUGGUGUUCCUUUGGUCCUGAUGACCACAGGAAGGGUGGGAUCGUGCGGCCUAGUAGGACUAAUUAUGUCCCCAAGAAAAAUAAUGCUGGUCGACCUAAUACAAAGAGGGGCUGCACCUGUCACUUUAUUGUGAAACGCUUAAUUGCUGAACCAUCGGUGGCACUUAUCAUUUAUAAUCAGGAUAAACAUGUAGAUAAGAAAGGUCUUCCCUGCCACGGCCCCCAGGACAAGAAGGCAGCUGGUACUCGUGCCAUGUUUGCCCCUUAUAUCUCAGAGGACCUUCGCCUUCGAGUCUUGUCUCUAUUAUAUGUGGGCGUAUCAGUGGAGACAAUAAUGCAGAGACACAAUGAAUCUGUGGAGAGACAAGGGGGCCCUACUAACCGUGAUGACCUUUUGACCCACAGAUAUGUUCGUAGACAGGAGAGAAGCAUUAGACGCUCUACGUAUGAGCUGGAUGCAGAUGAUAUAAUCAGCAUUGACAUGUGGGUGGAAAGUCACCAGAGCCACGUUUUUUUUUAUGAGGAGUUCUCUGAUUCUGAACCAUUCACUUUGGGCAUUCAAACGGAGUGGCAGUUACAGCAAAUGAUUCGGUUUGGCAAUCGCAGCCUUGUGGCUUCUGAUUCAAGAUUUGGAACCAACAAAUUGAAGUAUCCUAUUCACAGUCUUCUCGUCUUCGAUUCUGACAACAAGGCCAUUCCUGUGGCAUGGAUAAUAGCACCAGCAUAUGGAAGCAUGGAUACUCAUAGAUGGAUGAGGGCGCUGUAUAAUAGAGUUUGUACUAAAGAUCCUUCGUGGAAGUUGGCAGGGUUUAUUGUUGAUGAUCCUCUAGCUGAUGUCCUCGCUAUCAGGGAUGUGUUUCAGUGCUCUGUUCUACUUUGCUUCUGGCGGUUACGUCAUGCAUGGCACAAGAACUUAGUCAAGAGAUGUCAGGAGACUGCAAUGCGCGUGGAGAUGGCAAGACAACUUGGACAGGCAGUAGACAAUAUCUGCAGAGGAAAUGGAAACAUGAAUUUGUUUGAAGGUUUCAUGGAUGAUUUUGUUGAGGCGCACCACUUCAUGGAUUAUUUUAAGGCAGUCUGGUACCCCCGUAUAGGGUCAUGGACAGCAGCGCUGAAAAAUCUUCCACUCGCGAGUCAGGAGACUUGUGCAGCAAUGGAGUUUUACCACAACCAAUUAAGACUCAGAUUACUGAAUGAGGAUAACACCAGCGCUUAUCAACGGGCUGAUUGGUUGGUUGACAAGUUGGGUACGACAGUGCAUGCUUUCUUCUGGCUUGAUGAGUACUCAGAAAAGGAGGAUUUUUCACGGUACCGUAAAGAUGAAUGGGCCAGUGGCUUAACAUCUUGGCGCAAUGCAUUAAAAAUUCCCAAUUCUGAUGUUACGCUAGAAGGGAAAUGUGCAAAAGUUACUAGCCAGACUCAUCGAGACAAAGUUCACAUUGUCUGGAAUCCAGGUUCAGUGUUAAGUUUAUGCGAUUGUAAGUGGGCAGACGUGGGUUACCUGUGUGAACAUGUCUUCAAAGUAAUAACGGUCUGUCGUGAACAAGGUUCUGCUUUGCCAUCUAUCAGUCUAUUUCAGUACAAGCGGGCAUUGCUUGACAUGUUACAUUGCCCUCCUCAUGAUUCAUUAGUACGGGAUCAUGCUAUUUCUUUGGCAGUCUUUAUACAGAAGCAGUUGAGUUCACUAAUUGAUGAAGGAAGUAGCAAUAUCACUGACAAGCCACAAAGCAUCAGAGUUGUUUCUGAAAAUCAAGGCGGUGAUUUGGUUGAGGAAAGAAAUUGCUUAAAUGAGAACUCAUUAUCUUCUUCUGAUGGGCAUAAUUGUGUGGAUAUGUCAGAGACUCCCGGUCGCAUCGCGGAAAACUUGGGCGGUCAUCUAACUGAUAUGGCAGUCAAGCCAAAUGGAUUUUGUAAUGAAACUAGUAAGGAAAAUUGUUGUAAGAUGGAUGUUGAUGGGCCAUCUACUUGUAGCUCAACACCUAGAUUACUCCACGUCGAAGAGGCUGCAUCUAAUGGUUUCCUCCUUGAGAAUGGGGAGAGAGAUUCCAUUAGUAAAACAUCAGAUGUGGUAAAUGCUCCAUCUCUGGGUGGCAAUGACCUCGCUGAUUUGAAGGGUUAGAUCAUCGAAUUAGGUUGGAUUGAGACAGCUAAGAAGAGAAUGGAGUCCCAUUUGAAGUUGCCGUUUGUCAACUGGGUAAGCUGCCUUUUCUUAAGUUUUGGCAUAGAUUCAAUGGUCUUUGAGUUUUAAAUCUCUUACCCUUCACGUGCCCUGUUGUUUGUCUGACUAGCAAAAGAUUAGUAUGGAGUGUCAACUGAACUACUUUAUUAUCUCCAUCCAUGUUUUAAUAGUAUGAAUGCCUAUAAGAUAGUGAAUAAGCUCAAAUUCUAAGGCCAUGUUGAAAAGGUGCAAUCACCAAACUCUUAGCGACGGCUCAUUUGCUAGUACUUCUCCUCUAUACAGGAAGCAGUCAUAAUUUCAGUUUUAGCACUUGAGAGAGAUGCAAUUAUGCAAUUAGCAGUCAUAAAUGCCUCAGAACCAAAGGAAUCAAAUCCUCUAGGAAUAGAGAAAUUGAAGCUGCCAACUUUGAGGCGCAAAUUACGGUCAAAUUGGAAUCUCUUUCUUGGCCCAUGCCCAAGGGUCCAUAGAUCAGGUACCCAAUUGCUGCAUAUCCUAAUAUUGGUUUAAUCACAUGACGACAACUACUUGUGCUUUGAACUCGAAGCGGUGUCGAUUUUCUUGAUUCCAGGCUAAAGGAUCUGUGGCGCUAAAAGAGAACUUGACGAAUGAGUCUGGGCAAUAGAGAGCAGUCUCUUUUUCCUGUCAACCAGUGAGCGACGCAUCUCUAGUUGCGGUUGACGAGAUAUAAGCCUGGGGAAAUCCCCUCUUGUAGCUUGUGCAGAUUGUUUUUCAUUGUUGAUGUACCACUUGUAUGACAUUUUCUGUACUCACAGACAUCUUUCACGUGUUAUGUUCACCUGAAAAAUGUGAAGAAAAAAACAAUGCUGCAGACAACCUGAGUGUCUGAUGGUUUC